AUGCCUCGCAGGAAAUGGAUCGACAAGAAGAAUGCGCAGACAUACAAACUGCUGUAUCGGUCGCAGGACGACCCUCUCAUUCACGAUGAAGGCGAACGUGCACUGUUCCCUGUGGGCGAGGUCGCCACGUCGUCGCAGAGGCCGUUCAUCGACAGCGGUCUUCACAUCGACGAUCUUGAGCAGGAUGUCGAUCUCGAGUCAAUGCGGGACAACGAGGGAGAAGCCGCCGAACAUGGAGUCUUCUUCGACGACACAAAAUACGAUUACAUGCAGCAUCUGCGAGAUCUCGGAAAUGGCGCCGGAGAGUCACACUACAUCGACGCAAUACCCACAAAGGUUCAGUCGAAAGGCAAGGGUAAAGCGAAGCAGAUGAGGCUCGAAGAUGCAUUAGCUCAGGCCACUAUCGAGGACGAUGAAGAAGCAGACGAGGACGAGGCUCCGUCGUUGGUGGAUAGAAGCCUGUACGCAUAUUCGAACUACACCGCCACAAGCAAGAGCCGGCAACUCGAGAGCCAGCAAGAUGUGCCAGACGAGAUCGCUGGGUUCCAGCCGGACAUGGAUCCAAGACUAAGAGAAGUCCUUGAGGCGCUGGAAGAUGAUGCGUAUGUAGACGAGAAGGACGACGACGAUGUGUUUGGUAGCUUGGGCCGCGAUGGGAAGAACGGCGAGCUGAGUCUGGACGAAUUCGAGUACGACUACGGCGAAGAUGACGAGGGCUGGGAAUCAGAUGCUACAGAAAAAGCGCCAGAGCAGCCCACAACAUCACAACCGUCCCCAUCUGGCCCAAUAUCACUCAGCAAUGAGUUCUCAAUCGAGAGCGCCGAAGCAGCAGCGGCCGAAGACGGCGACUGGCUCCGCGAUUUUGCUAAACACAAGCGAGAUGCUGCAGCCGCCGCACGAAAGGCACCACCACCAGCAGCCGCAUCAAUAGUAGCCGCGUCUGCUGUGCAAGACCAAGCGCCAUCCUUGUACACGCUAAACGGCACACCACUCCGUCAAAAGAAGCGAAAGGGUGCCCUGACAAACCCUUCCGCUUACUCCAUGACCAGCUCCUCCCUUGCACGAACCGAUGGCCAGCAGCUGCUCGACGCUAGAUUCGACAAGGUCGAGAAGAUGUACUCGGUCGAUGAGGGCGACGAAUUCGAUGAAGACGUCGAUGGCGGCAUGUCACUCGCAUCCGGCAUGACUGGCCAAUCCAAGAUGUCACAGCUCUCCACUACAAGUUUCGCCGACGAGGGCGCUGUACGGCAAGACUUCGACAGCAUGAUGGAUGGCUUUCUUGGCGACUGGAAUAAAGCAAAUCCCGGCGGCGGAAAACGGAAAGGCAACAAAGGGAAGAGGGGCAAGCAUGGGAACGAGGCGUUUGGCUUGCAGCAGCUGGACGAGGUUCGUGCUGAGCUGGGACCGGCGAGGAUGUACACGCGGCGAGCGGCGGCGGCACAGAAGACUUGA